AAAUGAAGUGGAGUAGGUGUUGAAUGAAAUUAUAGGUGGGGCGUGUGCAAUAAGAUAAAAAGAAGACAUUGAUUCCCACACAAACCCUACGGAGAGAGAAAUGAGCGGUGCUGGAAAGACUGUGUGCGUUACCGGAGCUUCUGGGUACAUAGCUUCAUGGCUGGUUAAGCUGUUACUUGAGCGCGGUUACGCUGUCAAGGCAUCUGUUCGUGAUCCAAAGGACCCUAAGAAAACAGAGCACUUGCUUAAGCUUGAGGGGGCUAAGGAAAGGCUUCACUUGUUUAAAGCGAACCUGCUGGAAGAUGGCUCCUUUGAUGCUGCAGUUGAAGGCUGUGACGGUGUUUUCCAUACGGCAUCUCCCUUUUACCAUAACGUCACCGAUCCACAGGCAGAAUUGAUUGAUCCGGCGGUGAAAGGGACACUGAAUGUGCUUGGUUCAUGUUCAAAAGCCUCGUCAUCCAUUAAAAGAGUGGUUGUGACAUCCUCUAUGGCCGCAGUUGCUUACAAUGGCAGGCCUAGGAAUCCUGAUGUUGUAGUUGAUGAGACAUGGUUUUCGGAUCCAGAUCUUUGCAAGGAAUCAAAGGCAUGGUAUGUGCUCUCCAAAACAUUGGCCGAGGAGGCUGCAUGGAAAUUCACAAAGGAAAAAGCCAUAGACAUGGUUACCAUAAACCCUGCAAUGGUCAUUGGUCCUCUUUUGCAGCCAACACUAAACACUAGUGCUGAAGCAAUUGCAAACCUAUUGAAUGGGUCACAAACAUAUUCAAAUGCUAGUUUUGGGUGGGUUAAUGUUAAGGAUGUUGCAAAUGCCCACAUCCAAGCUUUUGAAAUUCCUUCAGCAAACGGAAGAUAUUGUUUGGUGGAAAGAGUUGUUCACUAUUCAGAAAUGCUUGAGAUAUUACGCAAGCUUUAUCCUUCAUCCCACCUUCCACAAAAGUGUGCAGAUGGCAAGCCUUUUGUUCCCAUAUAUCAUGUAUCAAAGGAAAAGGUGAAGAGCCUGGGGAUAGACUACAUUCCCCUUGAACAAAGCAUCAAGGAAACUGUGGAAAGCUUGAAGGAAAAGAACUUUAUUGGUGGGGCAUCAUCAAAUAUGUGAAAUCAAAACAUGUGUUGGAGAUUGAAAGAUAAUUAGAAGUCUGAACUUGAAUAAAAUGAUUAGAUAUGUAAUAAAGAUGGUGUUUCCAUCUCCUAUCAUAAAACAUAUUUUGUGUUGUUUUCUUUA